GAAAUGACAUUGUGCCUUGUGAAUGAGGGGGCGGGCGGGGAGCGAGUUUUCUUUUAAAAAACAAACAAACAAGCCAGCUUCUCUGGUCAGGACGCUUUGCUUGUCCCCUUCCUCCCCCUGGUCUCUCCAAAGCAAUAGGAGGGAGCCCGGCGAACUGGGCAGCUUUUUGCGCUUCUCCAUCUCCCCUGCAAGACUGCCUGUGGAGAGCCAGAGCUCAAGAGUUUGCAGCAGGAGUUGGAUGGGGUUUUACUUAUUUUGGAAUCUGAAGUGCACAGAGCCACCGGGGGGGGGGGAGAGAAAGAGGAACCGAACCGAACCGAACCCUUUCCCUGGCUGGCUUCGAUUCUUCUGCGCUUCCUAAUAAGGAUUUUCUAAAGCCCCUCCCCCCCCCCCGCGCCUCUCUUGGAGACAACUUUCCCGUUCUGGCUGUCUUUGCCUUUUGCACAAGAAUAAUCCCAAUACUUAAAAAAAACCCAGAUCAACCCGUGGAGCCGAGUGUUUGGAGAGCGACCUUUUCUGUUCAACGGUACCCCAACUCUGCCAAGAGGGGAGAGGAGACGGAACCGGGGAGUCCUUCUGGACUGGCAGAUGCCCAAGGAAGCAAGUUGCCUUCCACCCGUGGAUGUACCAUCCAGCCCAUUGCGUCUCCAGAGCUUGCUCAGGAGGAAGGGGAAGGGGAGCAGGGAAGACGCCGCGUGGUUUCAGAGGCACUUGUGAGCUUUGCCGAGUCUGGUGAAGGUGUUCCCCCUUCUUGCCCCCGAAGAAGGCAGCCCAACCAACCAACCAACCAGCUCACGGCUUUCCCAGCCUCAAGCAAGGAAUUUUCUCUCUCCAGACAGCUGGGGAAGUAAAGCCUGGAUUUCCUUGGGCAGCAGGGAGGCACCCAGAAACUUCUUCUACUGGAUGGUUGCAAAGGGAGGCACGCAUGGAACGCCAGUACCUGUAACGUCCCUACGGCGCGGGUUGUAGUGGCCAAAGGGACUCCAAGAUGAAGCAACCCAUUCUUUUGGUCCUUGUGAGUUGCACUGUGUUCAGCACGGAUGUGAAGCUGGUAUCGAAGAGAAAUUCGGUGGAUGGUUGCAUCGACUGGUUAGUGGAUCUCAAGAAAUACAUGGCUUUGGCAGGCGAGCCCGUCCGAGUGAAAUGUGCCCUUUUCUAUAGCUACAUCAGGACUAACUACAGCAUGGCUCAAAGCACAGGCCUUCGUCUGAUGUGGUACAAAAACAAAGGAGACUUGGAAGAGCCUAUUAUCUUCUCCGAAGUCAGGAUGAGCAAAGAUGAAGACUCCAUCUGGUUUCAUGCAGCAGAGGUCCAAGACAGCGGCUUCUACACCUGCGUGCUAAGGAAUUCAACGUAUUGCAUGAAGGUGUCGAUGUCUUUGACAGUGGCUGAAAAUGAAUCUGGGCUGUGCUACAACAGCACAAUUCGCUACUUAGAAAAAUCAGAAAUCACUAGAACAAAGAUAAUCUCCUGCCCAGAUAUUGAGGAUUAUAAAACAGGAAACCAAGAACCAGAUGUAAUAUGGUACAAGGAGUGUAAGCCAAAAAUGUGGAGAAGCAUAGUUGUUCAGAAAGAGAACACUCUUUUAAUCCAAGAUGUUCAGGAAGAAGAUGGUGGGAAUUACACAUGUGAGCUAAAAUUUGAAGGAAAGCUGAUACGACGAACCACUGAGUUCAAAGUUACAGCUUUAGUCACUAAGAGACCUCCCCAGCCUUUGUACCCUAUGGAGAACCAGACGAGCAUUAUAGAUGUCCAGCUGGGUCAGCCACUAACAGUUGCCUGCAAAGCCUUUUUUGGGUUUAGUGGAGAGUCUGGUCCUAUGAUCUACUGGACGCGAGGAGAGAGAUUUAUUGAAGAACUUGAAAAUCACAUUAAAGAAGGGGAAAUCAGGCUUCUCAAAGAGCAUCUUGGAGAAAAAAUAGUGGAGUUAACGUUAAUCUUUGACCUUGUGAAGGAAGCAGACCUGGCCAAUUACACGUGCCAUGUAGAAAACAGAAACGGACGGAAACACUCAAGCAUCAUUCUGCGUAAAAAAGAUCUUAUCUCCAAGAUCGAAGUUGCUGGAGGUUUGGGAGCUAUUGUUCUCUUGCUGGGUUUGCUUGUAACUAUUUACAGAUGCUACAAUAUCGAGCUGAUGCUGUGUUACAGGCAGACAUUUGGAGGUGAUGAAGCAAUGGACGACAACAAGGAAUACGACGCGUAUCUCUCUUACACCAAAGUGGAUCCAGACACACUAGACUGCGACAACAGCGAGGAGGAACAAUUUGCCCUUGAAAUCUUGCCAGAUGUUCUGGAGAAGCAUUAUGGAUACAAGCUCUUCAUUCCGGAUAGGGACCUGAUCCCUACUGGGACAUACCUUGAAGAUCUCUCCAGAUGCAUAGAACAAAGCCGAAGACUCAUUGUCGUCCUAACUCCAGAAUACAUUCUCAGGAGAGGGUGGAGUAUUUUUGAGAUGGAAAACAGACUCCAUAACAUGCUCGUCAGUGGAGAAAUCAAAGUGAUUUUCAUUGAGUGCCCUGAAUUAAAAGGCAAAGUGAAUUACCAAGAAGUAGAAUCUUUAAAGCACACCAUUAAACUUUCCUCAGUCAUCAAGUGGAACGGUCCGAAAAGCAGCAAACUGAAUUCAAAGUUUUGGAAGAGCUUGCUCUACGAAAUGCCUGCAAAGAAGAAAGAGGUUUUGUCUCGGCGCCAAGUCCUGGAUUCUGCCGAACAGGGUCUCUUUGGGGAUCUCCAGACGAUGCCUUCCAUUGCUGUGACGGAUGCCUCUGCUUCUUUGGUUGCAUCUCAAGCAGACUUGGCUGAUUACCAACAACCGGAUCCAGUGGAAACGAGACAUUAUUGCAGAGGAUAUGAGUACGACAUGCAAUCUGCAACCUUGCCAUUAGCUGCCAUAAGCAGUAAUCACCACACUUACUGUAACAUACCCUUGACGCUGCUCAAUGGGCAGCUACCUCUUAGCAACAGCAUGAAAGACAAGCGAGAGUUUCAUAGGAACAACCCCUUGCUCCCACUCUCAACAAGAGAGCUUAGUUUCACCAGCGAUAUAUGGUAGCAAAGAACUAAACGUCCUGACACUGGCUUAUUGAGCAUCAGUGUGAUAGAUUCUUAAAGGACCUUGAACCCAUAUAAGAUCAGGUGCCAAAAUAUUUUGCCAAGUCACAAGUAACUCACUUUUAUACUUGAACCUCUUUGUUUACAUUUCGAAAACGAUUAGCAAUUGGGAGGCAUGGGAACCUACUUUUGUAGCUCAUAAAUAAGUUCAUAUCUUUUAAUGUACAGUUUUAUUGCUUAUUUAUAAAAAAAAAUUAUAGGCCAUUGGAGAGUAUUUUGACGUAGGGUUUUCAGCCUGAAAAUGGACAGAUAUGUGACAAUCCAUAUUUAUUUAUUAGUACUACAGAGAUAUAACUGGAUUUUGUUUUUUUUUUAGAAAGAGCAUUAGGUAACAACAACACCACAGUUUGCAAAUUUGAACCACAACAAGCUACAAAAAGGAAUUGUUGUCAUUUCAAAUCACACCUCGAGGACACAUUCCUAUAAAAGGCAAUAUUUUAGGAGAUCUUUCCUAUAAUAUUAUCACCAACAGGGAUUGGAAGAUGGUCCACGUGAACUUCUGUGGGUGACAGUCUUUAGUUUUCAUUCAUUCAGCGAUUCCUGUGUUUGGAAAAUACACCACCCACUUUGCAUCUUUCAUUGUUUCAUUCUGAAGAUAUUUCUUAAACCUCCUUGAUGGUUGCCAUUGUGCUUUUUCUUAAACAACUUCUUGGGAAGUUUGACAGCUGUUUAGUUUCUGUAGGGUUUUCUUUAAGCUUGCUUAAACUAGCUUUGCAGGUUUCUAAGAACUUUAACAUUUUACGUACCAAUGGGAUCGUCUUGUUAUUCAACCGCUGAUUUGAACAUUUCUUAGACUUCUUGACCUUGUAAGAUUUGUAUUAAUGGUAAUGUAAAUUUUGCACAGGAGUAUUAUUUUUCUCUCUGUUUUCCAGAUUUAAAGGUGUAACAACUUACAAAUCGACAUUUGACAGAGAAUGUCGGCAAUAGAAAAAAAUACAGCAAUACAAACAAAAGUACUGAAUUGUUCGGG